GAACGGGUGAGCUGCAGAUCAUCCACCGCCCUGCUUCGCAUCACUAGCUCAAUCAAGCUUCCGCAAAAAGUAAAAGCGCCAACUGGCAGGUUGGGCAGCCUUUGUUAUUGUUACCUAUUAUUAGCAUGCUUUUUUGAGACUUUGCGGCUCACACAAAUCUGAUCCAUAUCGUAGCCGACGCAUACAACCGUACAUGCCUAAAUUGCCUACCUUGACAACUACAGCUUAUCACCUAGCACCUCUUUUGUUCACCGAGGGGUAUACUUGACAUCAUGGCCAUUCCUUUAACACGAUUGGGAGAUAGAGCCUUCAAUCAUAGUCCUAGCAGCGAUGCCGAGGCCGAGUAUGACCGGCUCCGGGACCUAGCGCGGGCGGAAGCCGCGAAACGGAACAGUUGUUUUGACCGGGCGCACCAAGCUUACGAGCGGGGCGAUGGCGCCGAGGCCAAGGAAUUGAGCAACGAGGGCAAGCGGCACGCGGCUAAGAUGGACGAGUACAACAAGCAAGCAAGCGACUACAUCUUCCGGGAGAAUAAUGCCACCGACCGCGUGGCCGACGACACCAUCGAUCUGCACGGCCAAUUUGUCGAAGAGGCCGAGGACAUCCUCGAGCGCCGCAUCCGCUACGCCCAGCAGCAUGGGCAGACACACCUCCACGUUAUUGUGGGCAAGGGAAACCACAGUGUCAACCACGUCCAGAAGCUGAAGCCGCGUGUCGAGCAGGUGUGCCGCGAGCUAGGACUAAAGUACGCCACGGAGGAGAAUACGGGCCGUAUAUACAUCAACCUCCAGGGCGGCGAGGCUGUGAUGCCGCCGCCUCCAGCUCAACACGGCGGGCACGGCUACUCCGGCGGCGGCGGCAGCGGCAGGCCGACCCACGGAGGGCAGCAGCAGGCGCAACACGGACAUCACGGAGGGCAGUCGCAGCACCACCAACAGCAGCAGCAGCAGGAGCAACCCGACGAGAUCGACCGUCUGGUAUCGAAGUUCUUCCGCAAGCUUGGGGACUGCUGUAUCGUCAUGUGAAGAUACAGAGUUUAACGGUCCGGUUUCCGCUGCCGUGUACCUGAAAUGGCUGGCUAUAAUGGCGCUUUAGAUAUUACGGGCGUCUCGGGAAAGUUUGGAUGACGACUUGACGAAGAAAAUUGAAACGCUUCUAGGCUAACGAAAAAGGGAAAGGGAAUCCCGGCGUCGAGUAAGGAGUUCGAGAAAGGCUUCUCUCUAACAUAUUCUUUUAGUACUGCUACAAUAACAGAAUAUCAGACAAAUAAGUAUUAUAAAAAUAGACUCAGUUUGACAUGA